AUGCCCCACGACGCCUCUUCCUCUUCCUUCGCCGCCCUGGACCGCCCUAGUUCGGCAUCGGCAUCGGCGUCGGCACCACCACCACCACCAGCACCGCACUUCCUCGACGUACCAGCGCUCUCGUCUUCCUCGUCGUCCUCGUCCUCUUCGUCCUCGUCCGAAUCGGGGCCCUCGACUCCCGGCCGUCCGCUCCCGACGUGCACGUCUGCCUCGUCGGCAAAGGCCCACGCCGCCCGCACCCUCGGCCAGGGCACCUGCACCUCCGAAGACCUCGCCCGCGCUUACCAGAAGCAGGUCCUCCGCGAUCAGGCCAAGCGCCUCGAGUCGAUCCUCGGCCUCAGCCAGCCCCUCUUCCCCACUCUCGCGGGUCAGGAGCAGAAGCACGGGCAGCCAUCCCUCGACGCGGCAUCAGCAUGGCCACCUUCUUCGGCCUCGGCCCGCGGGCCUAUCACGUCCACCUCGGCCUUGACCGCACCGCGCCCACACCCGUCCUUCUCCUACGAGCAGCUCUUUGACCACCUCCCCGACGCCGUCCUCGUGCUCUCACCCCUCGACGGCCAGGUGCUGUACACGUCGGCCGCCUUUGAAGCCAUGCUCGGCCUCGGCCAGGCCGCCGGCAUCGCCGCACCCCACGUGCUGGCCCUGGACGAGCAGCUGGUCGGCACCCUCCUGGUCCAGCACAGCCACCCGGACGACGUCGCCCUCGUUGGUCGGCUGCUCCGAACCGCCCGCUCGACCCAGCCCGACGCUGGCCCCAACGACGAGGUCAUCCGCCUCCGCCGCAGCGACGGCCUCUUCGCCGCCUUUGACCUCCGAGCGCGCUGCUGCUUCUUCGACGGCGUCAGCGCAGACGACAAGCCAGAGCGACUCGUCGUCUGCAGCGCGCGGCCACGGGAGCUUCCCGCUUUCCCAUCGACCUCGAUCCGCUGCACCGGCGGCCGCGUCGAUGCCGCACACGCUGCCCUCGGGCCCUGUGUGCGCCUGCUCGUCUCUGCGGCCGGCCUCGUCCUCGAUGCCUUUGGUCACGACGACACGCUGCAGCGCCUGUUGGGUGCCACCAGGACCGAGGUGCGCGGCUCUAGCCUCGAUGACCUCUACCAGCACGCCGACGCCAGGGACCCGCUCAAGGCCAUCCUCCAGAUGGCCGUCGACUCGGCGCGCGCCCAGAGCGGCGAGUUCCGCACGCCCAGGCUGCCCCUCGUCACGGCCAUCGUCGUACCCUGCGUCUCGCCGGCCGAUGGGCGGGUGUCCAAGGCCUUUAUCGAGCUAUCGUCGCCCUACCUGCCCGAGCCCGCCCCCGCGCGCCUGGCCGGGUCUAAGCGCCGGGUAUCGGCGGGCGACGCGGCGACCUACGCGCCCUGGUCCGCCCACGCGCAGUCCUCGACGGCGGAGCGCACCCUGCUCUCGCGGGAGAGCGAGUACCUGCGCGCCGAAAACGAGCGGCUGCGGCAGCAGCUGCUGCUCAAGGCGAGGUCGAGGAGCGCCGUGACGCGCGCCGUGGCCGCCGCCGCCGCAACGACGGCCAUGGUGCCCGCGGCGGUGAGGACGCAGAUGAUGGCGGCGCACCAGCAGCAGCAGAUGCACCGGCAGAUGCAGCUCCAGAUGCAGCAGCAGCUCGCGCAGCAGCAGCACCUGCACCUGCUCGCCGCCCAGCGCAGCCAGCAGGCGCACAUGCUGCCCCCGGCCCACCCGUUGCCGUACGGCGGCGGAGAUGCCCAGGCGACCAUGGCGGCCGUCGCUGCUGCCUCUUGCAUGGCCGAGAUGCCCAACGUGAUGCAGACGGCCUGGGUCGCCACCCACGCCCACAACGCCGCCGCCCAGGGCCUCUGCGUCGACCUCGCAGGCAGCAACGGCAACGUCGGCGACCUGCCCCCCGGUGGCGGCGUCGGCAGCGCGAUGCCGUUUUUCGAGCCCUCGAGCCACCUCGACAUGGGCGCCUACCCCGUCUUUCCGAUGAUGCCCUAG